AUGAAGCUUUUAAUCAUCAACCCCAAUUCGUCGCAGUCGAUCACCGACAACCUGAAAACCGUUGUGCGGCCAAUUCCAGAGUUCGAGUUUGACUUCUUCACUGGACCUCCCUCUGCACCGUCCUCCAUCAACAACUCGCAUGACGGUAAAGUGUCUGCUAAGGCCUGUCUCGAGCAGCUGAAAUCAGACCCUGCGUAUCUCAAAUACGACGGAUACCUCGUUUGCUGCUACUCGGACCACCCAUUAGUCGGUGGUCUAAGAAAACUGGUCAGUGUUCCAGUGAUGGGCAUUUUCCAGGCUUCGCUGCUCUACUCGCUGAAUUACGCUACAGAAGCGACAAAAGUCGGCAUUUUGACGUCAAAUAAAAGCUGGGAGCAAAUAUUAGACGACUCGCUGCUGGAUUUUUUCGAUUCCAAAAAGAUACCCAAGUUCAUGACCCCGACGCUGGCGGCCGAUGUGGACGUGCUCAAGCUGACGGAUCCGGAAAAUUAUGCCAAAAUUAAGAAAAAAAUCGGGAUAUUGAGUUUGUGGACUCGGUGA